AUGGAAUUAAAAGAAAUUUGUCACGAUUUAGAUGUUUUGUUUUUAAAAAUUGGUCGGGUUCUUAGCAUUUGUUGGGUUGCUAGUAAUUGGAGAGCAGUGAAUGUUGUAUGGAAAAUAUUUCCUGCACUUUAUAAGCAUUUGUAUACUGCAUCCAGUGAUUCCAAUAGAGAUUCUAAAACUAAGAAUAAAUACCUAGGACUCCUUAAAAAAAUUAGCUAGCCCUGAAUUUGUUAAUGAUUUAGCUGUUAUGUGUGAUGUCCUUCAGGAAUUAUCCAACUUAUCGAUUGAACUUCAAAGUCGCACUAUUACAUUGAUGCAAGCUGAACAAUUUAUAAAGAGAUGUUUAAGGGUUAUAACUUCUUUUAAAACUAAUAAUGGUGAUUAUAUGCACCAAGCUGUAGUUGCAAUAAAAGAUAUGUAG